AUGCAACCCGCCAACGACAUUAAGGGCCUCAUCCGCCAGUCACCGCCCGUCGACGUGAGCAAGCCCUACGAUGCUUCCACGCUCAAUGGCAAGACCAUCCUCAUCACAGGCGGUGCCAACGGCCUUGGGUCUUUCAUGGUUCGUGAGUGGGCUUCGCACGGCGCAAAUAUAGUCAUCGGCGAUGUCGCUGAUGCUGCGGGUGAGGAGCUCGUGGCGGAGCUCACGAAGCAGUAUCCUGACUCGGCUUUUGCGUUUCAGCACUGCGAUGUGACGGAUUGGGAGGAACAAGUCAGCCUGUUUGAGACGGCUGUGCAUGUCAGUCCCCAUGGAGGAAUAGAUAUUGUCGUCCCCAACGCAGGCAUCAUCCUCCCUGAUGCCUCUUUUCAGUUCGAGGAACCUGCUCUCAAGAACGGGAAACUUCCCAAGCCCAACACGAAGCAGUUCGACGUCAAUAUCACGGGUGCCACUUACACCACCCACCUCGCCCUGUACUGGCUUCCCCAGAAUGGUUCCUCGCCGCGAGACCGUUGCCUGCUCCUCGUCGGCUCGCUAGCAUCUUUGUGCCCCUUCCCUACGCAGACCAUGUACACCAUGAGCAAGCAUGCCAUCCUCGGUCUCUUCCGCACUCUCCGCGCGACAUCCUUCCGCAGCGGCGUGCGCGUGAACAUGAUAACGCCGUACUACGUCUCCAAGUCCAACAUGCUCAAGCUGCCCGUGGAAGCAGCCUUCCUCUCCGGCACGGCGGGCGGAGCCGCCAUCGAGGAUGUGAUCGACGCAGCGACGCGCCUCAUCUCGGACGAGGACAUUGCGGGUCGAGCGCUCUGCGUGGGACCCAAGCUCAAGUCUGCCGGUGUCGAAGGCGUGGAGGAUGAGGAUGCGCUCAUGGCGGUGCAGGAGCAUGAGAAUGACGGGCGCGGACGGGCGGUAUGGGAGUGCUAUGGCGAGGAUUUUGAUAACGCGGAUGCGUUUGUCAAGAGAUUUAUCUUGCUGCUGAAUGCAGCUGAGAGGGUGAAGGGGUGGUUUGGUGUGUUUACUGAUAUCUGGAGCAUGCUGCGACGCAAGUAG